CAUGGUGCCAGUUACGUUUGCUCUCAGAGAAGAAACGAUUGUCUUCUGGUGCAGUUGGAAGAAGUAAAUCAGUCGGCAGAAGAUGGAGGGGAAGAGAGUUGCGUUUCUCCUGCUUGCGGCGACUCUUGCCAUCUUUCUUGCUUCCUGCAGGGUUAAAGCGGACAAAGUUGACGUGCCUUACGUUGUGGGCGUCAAUGCUAAUGGCUUCUAUGGAGAAUCAAAGGCUGGAGCAGACUGUUGUGAUCGAUGCGGUUGUUUCGAGACCUUGCCUUUGCAGUGCUUCUGUAACGAUAUCAAGAGCUACUGCCCUCCUUCAUGUGUAAAAUGCGGCUGCACCAAAUCCAUUCCUCCCCAGUGCAAGUGUGCAGAUGUUAAUCCGAGCUUCUGCUCCACUCCCUGCCGACCAAAACCGUGAGGAAAUCGUCGCCUAGGAGGCCAAUCAAGACAUCGCUGCAAGAAUGUUCUAAGCGUCUGAUAAAGAAUGUUAAGUGUGUAAUAAAUGAUGACUUGUAGUGUGGGUCAGAAUAAAAUGAACUUUUGAGUUGUUUUCUCUUUA